AUGCAAUACAGAUCAGCUUUAUUCACAACUGCUUUAGUUUCAUCAGCUUUAGCUGCUUACGUCCCAUCCGAACCAUGGACCACCUUGACCCCUGAUGCUUCCCACCCUUCAGGUGCUGUUACUGACUACGCUUCAACCUUCGGUAUUGCCGUUGUUCCAGUCACUGCUUCUUCAUCUGGUGCUUCAGCUUCAGCUUCUCCAAAAGCUAAAAGAGAUGCUGUUUCUCAAAUUGGUGAUGGUCAAAUCCAAGCUUCCACUGCUACUCCUUCAUCAACCAAAAAAGCUGCUUCAACCGCUCAAGCCGUUUCUCAAAUCGGUGAUGGUCAAAUCCAAGCUUCUACUUCAACUGCUAAACCAUCAUCAACUGCUCAAGCUGUUUCCCAAAUUGGUGACGGUCAAAUCCAAGCUUCCACUUCAACUGCUAAACCAUCAUCAACCGGUCAAGCCAUCUCACAAAUCUCCGAUGGUCAAGUCCAAGCUUCAACUUCCACAAAAGCUUCAGUUACUGCUUCAGCUGCUUCUCAAAUCGGUGAUGGUCAAGUUCAAGCCUCAUCAGCUUCAGCUUCAUCAGCUUUAGCUUCAGCUUCAGCUUCCCAAAAAGCCGAUGACUCAAACCCAGUCUCUGCCGUUUCAUGUAAAUCUGAUGGUUCAUUAGCUUUAACUUUGAAAGAUUCAGUCUUGACAGAUUCUGCUGGUAGAAUUGGUUCAAUUGUUGCCAACAGACAAUUCCAAUUCGAUGGUCCACCACCACAAGCCGGUGCCAUCUAUGCUGCUGGUUGGUCUAUCACUGAAGAUGGUUACUUAGCUUUAGGUGAUUCUGACAAAUUUUACCAAUGUUUAUCAGGUAACUUUUACAAUUUAUAUGAUGAAAACGUUGCUGAUCAAUGUCAUGAAAUCAAAUUGGAAGCUGUUGAUUUAAUCAACUGUUAA